AUGGGAGCCUACAAAUACAUUCAGGAACUAUACCGCAAGAAACAGAGCGACGUACUUAGGUUCUUGCUUAGAAUUAGGGUAUGGCAAUAUAGGCAGUUGACCAAACUUCACAGGGCUCCCAGGUCCACUCGGCCUGAUAAAGCCCGUCGGUUGGGCUACAGGGCUAAACAAGGUUUUGUAAUCUUCCGAAUUCGUGUUCGCCGUGGAGGUCGUAAACGCCCUGUUCCAAAAGGUACCACAUAUGGUAAGCCAAAGAACCAUGGUGUGAAUGAGCUCAAACCAGUAAGGAAUUUGCAAGCCAUUGCUGAGGAACGUGUAGGCAGAAGGUGUGGAGGUUUGAGAGUCCUCAACUCAUAUUGGGUAGCCCAGGACUCUUCCUACAAAUACUUCGAAGUUAUUUUGGUUGACCCCGCACACAAUGCCAUCCGCCGCGACCCGAAAAUCAACUGGAUAGUCAACGCAGUCCACAAGCACCGCGAACUCAGAGGCAAGACCUCGCUGGGCAAGUCUUCUCGAGGCUUGGGCAAGGGCCACAGGUACUCGCAGACGAAGGGCGGAUCGAGAAGGGCCGCCUGGCUGAGAAGGAACUCGCUGCAAUUGCGCAGGAAGCGAUAG